UCCUCAAACCCGUUCCCUGCCUUACACCUCUCUCUCUUCAUUUCUUUCUCCCUGAACUUCCAGCAUCUCAGCAAAUUCAAACUCUCCUGCGUGAGGGUGGCGGCGAUCGAGAGGUCACGUGAUGAGCAUCUUGCUGCCCAACAUGGCGGAAUUCGACACCAUCUCGGAACUGGAGGAGGAGGAAGAAGCAGCUACGUCCUCGUCCUCGUCGUCGCCGUCGUCGUCAUCGUCUGUAUCGGGGCUCGAGGAUGACGAGGGAGAUGAGGAGGAGGAAGAAGAGGAGGAAGAAGAGGAAGAGGAGAAGGAGCAAGAGGAGGAGACGCCGCCACCGCCUAGGGUAGUGAGCGAGGAGCACCUGCGGAGAUAUGCCCCCGACCCUGUACUGGUGCGGGGCGCCGGCCACAUCACCGUGUUUGGCUUGAGCAACAAGUUUGAUACUGAAUUUCCCUCCGUUCUAACAGGGAAGGUGGCCCCAGAAGAAUUUAAGACCAGCAUUGGCCGUGUGAAUGGGUGUUUGAAAAAGGCUCUCCCAGUCAAUGUGAAAUGGCUGCUGUGUGGUUGUCUCUGCUGUUGUUGUACUCUGGGUUGCAGCCUGUGGCCUGUUAUUUGUCUCAACAAAAGAACCAGAAGAUCAAUUCAGAAGUUAUUAGAGUGGGAAAAUAACAGAUUAUAUCACAAGCUUGCUUUACACUGGAAGUUGACUAAAAGGAAAUGUGAAACUAGCAAUAUGAUGGAGUAUGUAAUACUAAUAGAAUUCUUACCAAAAUAUCCCAUAUUCCGGCCUGACUGAGGAAUUUUAUUCAGUCACUUCUGUGUUACCUGUCAUUUCCUACCCUUAGUGCCUUGUAGAUGAUUUUGGAAUGAAGAUGGUCUCCUUUGCUGUGUUCAAUUUAUUCUUUAUAAUGGUAGAAUAUUUUCCUCACUCUUUUGUGUUGGUUUAAGAAGAAAAUUUGCACAUCUUUUUUUGUUGUUAAAUGAGGCUUGUGUUUUCCACUCUCCAUUUUUAAAUAAAUAUACACAUAUAUGUGUAUAUGUAGUUGCCAUUAAAGAUUAAACAUUAGUGCUGGCGUUUAAAAAAAAAA